GACACAGCCAGCCAGCAGAGCAAACCGCUUCGGGCACCUGCUACAAAUAAGAACUGUGUUAUAUGAGUGGGGGCGAGAUCAAGGCGGACCCACCCAGCUGAAACCCGUCGUCAGCGAGAAACUUCAAAGACAAGUGCCGCGCAGUGCAUCCAUUCACAGAAAUUUGCAUUGCUUUCAUGCUAGUGCCGAUGCCGAUGUUGAUGCUGUUGCUGGAGCUGGUGCUACUGAUGAUGCUUAA